AUGUCAACAUCCGCGACAGAGAGCCCGCCGACACCACGGCCAUCAAUAUCAGACCCUUCAUCGCAAUCAGGGCCGAUACCGCUAUUUGAACAUCAUCUCAAGGUUCUCACAGAUUCUUAUCUGAGCUUCUUCCAGGAAAGAAAGCGCAUAGAAGAGGUUUAUGUCGAUUCACUCCUAAAAUUACAUCGCAAAGUAAAAGCCAUCGACAGUUUUUUGGAUGAUCGUUACGAUCUUAAUACAGCGAGAAAAGCAUGGAGCGAAGUUAGGGAUAAUGUCGAAAGAGAGGCACAAACAAGACAGGCAUUCCUUACUACUUUGACGAUUGACAUCGUCAACCCUUUGAAUUUUCUCAAAGAGACGCAAGAACGCACGCGCAAACGUAUCAAAGAGGACUUGAAGGAGUCUAGUAAUUCGUAUAAUGAAUUCGCUGAAAAUACUUUACCAAAGCUUAAACGCACCUAUCUGAAGAAAUGUCAGGAAGUAGAGGAUCACAAAGCUACUGUCACUUCCAACACUGCUCCUAUUACUUCAUCGCAUCACCAUACGCCAUCAUAUACGCCUUAUUUGGAACAAAGCAGUAAUGCAUUCAGCAAUUCCCGGUCUAAUCCCAGUCUACCAACUAAACCUGUCGUAACAACACCGCAUCCCUUGCGGCCACUCGAUCGAAGGCCUUCAGGCAGCAUGCCAUCAGGCCGUAGCCGUUCUCCGUCAACAUCUACAGCAUUUUCUGAAUUUGCACAGCAUGGCAAGAAACAGUUAAACCAAUUGAUCACAUUCCUGGAUAAAAGUGGGACGGUCAAAGAAAGCCUCGGGGGUCGCUCAGAAAAUACUGCCCUUAGGACUGUUCGGGCAAAGCGAGAAGCAGAUGAAGCAGAUAAGGAGUAUAGAAAAGGCGUGCACUGGUUGGAGACUUUAAGGCUUCGACGAACAAAGAUUCUCGAAGGAGCAUACAAGAGCUUAGAAAUGUUCGUGCAUGACUAUUCAACUACGGUAAAGGGCGUGUUGGAUCAGUAUGUGGAUAACAUGACUGCUACGACAAUGACACAAACCCAACUUUCUUCGCAUGCGAGGUCGAUGGUAGACAAGAUUUCUCCCAAGAAAGACGUUGCCGAUGUUGGGUCGAUUAUACAACGAUCGCUAGCUUCUGCCACGCUAAAACCUAUACUUUACUACAACUAUAACGUUGGUGAAUGUAGCGAUCUGAUUUUUGGGGUAAGUUUAGUGGACUAUGCAACUGCUAGGAGUUUAGGGGAGGGCGAAAUACCUAAAAUUGUUCGAAUAUGUAUCAAAGAAAUCGAUCAAAGAGGCCUCGAGUCCGAGGGCAUUUAUAGGGUGUCUGGACGACAUGCUGUCGUACAAGAUCUUCAGCGCAAAAUAGAGCGGAGCGAAGUUGCUUUCCAAUUCAAUCCCCUGACUGACGACGUCUACGCUGUAUCGUCAAUACUGAAGAUGUACUUGCGUGAAUUACCAGAACCAGUCUUCAGGUUCCCCUUACAGGACCGUAUGGAAUAUUCUGAAGACCGCACAGAUCACCAGUUCAAUAACUUCGCUGUGCUGCGAUCUAAGAUUAGGAGGUUACCCCAUGUUCAUCGAGCAACAUUGAAGGCUAUUGUGGAGCACCUUGGCCGAGUCGCGGCUAUGUCAGAAAAAAAUAAGAUGGACCCAAAGAAUCUUGCAAUUAUAUUUGGAGGUGUAAUUUUUGGUGAAGACGAAUUACCCAAAGGAGGAGAUCUUCUUAGUGUACAAUCGUGGAAGGAUUCGUCGAUGGAGGAUCUGAUUAUUAACGCUGGCACUCUUUUUGACGAACAUCCUACAAGUAGCUCUCCACCGUUACCUGCGGCACCUAUAGGAGAGCCGACCCCUACAUACACGUACGGUUCAUCUCACACGAAAGUCGCUAGUGUCGCGCCUCGAUCACAGUCCCCGCGGAACCCUGAGGACUUUACACCUCGACUGCCCAUGCGACCUACGAGUAGUAUUCACCCAUCCUUACCAUCAACAACAUCUACGCUAGUCACCAACGCGGAGAAUACGCAACAUGGUCCGUCUGUCGCACAGUCCACUCCUCCACAGUCACCUCCUACUCCUAAGUCGGCUGCCACCACCUUAUCUGACUCGACGAGUGAUUCUUCAGCAGAGUAAGGAGCUGUGAGACAUAUAUACGUAUAUUCGUUUCCUCUGUUAUGACACAUGGGUGGACCAUAACGUGGAACUAUGGUGACUUACGGUUGUAAAUGAGUACUGUUCUCUCUUGGUCUUUGUAUAGGUAUUACGUAUUCUGUUACCCUCAUCCCAACCGCGAAUCACUUCCAUUCUUUAAGGGUACCACUAGUCUCAGUGAAGUUUAAUGAGCCAUGUAUAUAAAUUAUUUUAGUUGAGUGAUG